ACAUUUGUUGGAGUUGGCGGAGAUUCAGGUGCGGGAGAAAAAUGGCGUGGAGGCAGAUCUGUCGAGGCUGGAGGUCGGCCCAGCGCCCAGCGCCCGGCGGCGGAGGUGCGCUCAGGUCCGGAGCGCCCGGCCAGCCGCUGCUGUACUGCACCUCUGUCCAGUCAGCCAGGAGGCGGGUGAAUGGAGUCGAGCUGCACUACCGACAGACUGGGCACGGAGGGCACGCAGCACUGCUGCUGCCGGGAUCUCUAGGUACAGAGCUCACGAAGACAAUCCUGCACUUCCAGGUCUCGUCAUUCUUUCCCUUGGACUUCUUUGACAGGGACGCCAAGGAUGCUGUGGGCCUAAUGAAGGCAUUGAAUUUUAAGACAUUCUCUCUGUUGGGCUGGAGCGAUGGUGGAAUAACAGCACUAAUUGCUGCUGCGAAGUUUCCCACAGCCGUCAGAAAGCUGGUCGUGUGGGGAGCCAACGCCUUUGUCUCAGAGGAGGAUUUGAACAUUUACAAUGCUCUGAGAGAUGUUUCAGCCUGGAGUGAAAGGAUGAGGGCGCCGAUGAGGGAGCUGUAUGGUGACGAAUAUUUCGCUCAGACCUGGCAGGCGUGGGUGGACGGCAUCAGUCAGUUUGCACAGAGACCUGACGGUAGCAUUUGUCGGGAGCUGCUACCCCAGAUCGCCUGCCCAACUUUAAUCGUCCAUGGUGAAAAGGACCCCAUGGUGCCACGUUUCCACGCUGAAUAUCUCCUCCAGCACAUCAAGGGCUCCCGGCUUCAUCUAAUGCCAGAAGGCAAGCAUAAUCUACACUUGAGGUUUGCUGGAGAGUUCAAUAACCUGGUUGAAGAAUUUCUUUGCCUUUGAUAACUACAGUGGUGAAAUAACCCUGAAUUGUAAAUGUCUUCUGGCAUCAAACAUCAAAAAGGACAUAUUACAGUAGCCUCAAUUGGCAACACUCAUAUGUUCCCUAAAACUGAUCAGGUUAUUAAAUCAGCUGUGCUUUUGAUGUUUGGAAACAGAAUACUGUCUGAUGUUUGACCAGAGUUGUGUUUUGUAAUAUCUUGUACUAUGUUAAAAGGUGCUGUAUAUGCCGAACAGUUUGUAGAUGGAGACAAGUGUUUUGGAAGUCUGCAGAUUUAUCUGCAGAUUGUAUGAUGUGUUUAAAAUGAUAUGGGAAAAUUAUAUGUUUUAAGAAUAAUAUAAAAAUUAUUCAAACUAUGUUUUGAGUAUUCAGAAAAAAAGUUUAUGAAGUCUUUAUAGUACAUACUUAAAUGUAGUGCUAUUUUCUGGAUUAUAGUUCGUUGUUUACAUCCAUGAAUGUAAAUAUUUUUUCUCUGAUAUUUUGCACAACUCUGAUAACUUGCUUUACUUACCAAAUAUUCAGCUGAGUUAAUAUUUGAGAUAUUUGUUCCAGAGCAGAAAGUUAAGACUAAUCUUGGACCUGAUGUUACUUUUGAUAAGCAAGUUCCAGAUGAUUGCUAAUCUUGGUCUGUCGAACUACCCCAAAAUUCAUUUUAAAUGGUGGAUAUUCAUAAUCACACUUGACACUGGGUAAAUUCUACAAUAAACCUCUUCUGCACAGAUUA